AUGGCCACCAAGCGCCUGGCCAGGCGGCUGGGGCUGGCGCGGAGCAGCGGCCGGGCGCGGAGCGGGGCGCGGGCGGGCGCGGGGCAGCGCUUCGCCUUCCUCAUCGUGCUGGACUUCGAGGCCACGUGCUGGGGGGACGGGCAGCGGCGCGGGCCCGAGAUCAUCGAAUUUCCAGCAGUCCUCUUGAACACCUCAACGGGAGAGAUUGAAUCUGAGUUCCACGCGUAUGUCCAGCCCCAGGAGCAUCCUAUUCUCUCUGAAUUCUGUACAAAACUAACUGGCAUAACACAGAAUCAAGUUGAUGAAGGGGUCCCUCUCAACAUUUGCUUAUCAAAGUUUAUGAAAUGGAUUCAUGAGAUACAAAAGGAGAAGAAAAUUGUAUUCGGUACAGAUACUCAGAGUAAUUUCCCUUUGGAAGCAAAAGCAUGUACCUUUGUCACUUGGACAGACUGGGACCUGGGUGUGUGUCUGCAGUACGAGUGUAAAAGGAAGCAGCUGCGAAAACCUGACAUUUUGAAUUCCUGGAUUGAUCUCAAAGCAACGUACAGGGCCUUCUAUAACAGGAAGCCUAAAGGGCUAAAUGGAGCUCUGCAGGAUUUGGGGAUAGCUUUUGUAGGACGGGAACAUUCUGGGUUGGAUGAUUCUCGGAAUACUGCUCGUCUUGCUUGGAGGCUGAUUUGUGAUGGAUGUGUGCUGAAGGUUACUAAAUCUUUGGAUAAGGCACGUCUGCAGAGUAAUUUAAUUGCCAGAACACUGGCUGUAAACAGCACUGUAAACAGCACUGACAAGACUCCACUGGGAAGUAAGAGCAGGCCUGAACCAUCAUCUAGAGAUGGAACAUGUGAAACAAACUCUCUGGCUGAGAACAAACACUCUUUUACUGGAAACAACAUAAAUUCUAAUGUACAGACCAGGGAACAACUGACCACUUGGACCUCAGCAGAUGUCCAUGCUGUACCCAGCAGCAGCUCAAGGACUGAAUUCUACGCUCAAUCCCAAAGCUCUUCAGCAGCCUCUACUGCCAGAUUUCCUGUUCCUCUUGAGCUGGCACAGCCAUCUCCCAGUCCUGCACCAACAGGCAUCCAGCAGGGAUUGUGCAAUGGGCAGCUCCUGGGUACAGCCAGACACAGCCCCCCAGUGCAGGGACCGGGACUGGUGCUCGUCUCCACAACCAUCCCCUCAGUUACUGUCUCCAGUGAGGAGAUCAGUACCAGUGCUGACUGCUUGUCUCUGCUGACAGACUGGGAAGAUGUUGCUUUAAUACCAGAAUCUCAGUAUGAACAAAAUUCAGACUCUGUUCAGCUCAAGGAUGACACGAGUACAGAUGGUUUAACCAUAUUUGAAGAAAAAAUGAUUUCAAAAGAAUUGGUUGUGACAAGUUCAGAUAAUCAGAGUUUGGAGAAAAGUGUAGUACCCAUGGAACCUCUGAAACCUGUCAUUUACAGAAGUCCUGAUACUACAAUCUAUAAUGUAGGAACAGUACAAAGGCAGACUUCAAAUUUUUCAGCUUUUAAGGUACCAUCUGCAAAGGGAAAUACUAUUUCAGCACCAACUGUAAAUUACUCUGCUCCUUUGGAGGUUCCUAAAAGAAAGCCAACCAGUCCAAAAACAUUCCCACCAGCAAAAAAACAGUCUUUUGCUAUAUAUGAAGAGAAAACUUCAUCUUUUGAUCAUUCCUUACUUUUGAGAAGUUCGAAUUUGCCCAAAGUGUCUCCUGCCAUUCUGAACUCCACAGUCAAUUUGAACCCACAUGUAAGAGCUGUGAGAAGUGGGAAACCAACUCCCCCUCUGUGCAACUGCGGUCGAAGAGCCAAAAAACUCUGUGUGUCAAAUGCUGGCCCAAAUCACGGCAAAGCAUUUUUCUGUUGUCCUGUUGGCAAGCAAGACAGUAAUAGGAAAGGCUGUGGAUACUUCAAGUGGGAAUAUGCACUUCUCAAAGAGAAAUCUAAUGGUCUCACCCUGAAUGCAGAUGCUUUGAGUUCUCUUAGAACUGUUUCUAGUAAUUUAGGGAAUUCUUCCAACAAAAGCUACUUAUGUCUUAGACCCUCUAUGAGAACAUGAAAAUGGAUAAAAGUUUUUGUCUGAAUCUUAAACUCACUGAGUUUCAUGCUUAAUGUAAUCAGGCCAGUCAAUUGAUGUCAGAUAUGUGUUCUCAGAAUGGGACAAAAACAACAGUUCUUGGUUAACGUAGAUAGAAAUGGAAAUUGCUGAAGCACACAAAAAUAUCAGUAGAUCAUGAUGUAACUCAUUAAUGAAGUGUUGGAGAACAGAUAAAAAUGCUAAAAUGAACAGCUGUUGCUACAGAUCCUAAAUUUCUGCUUUAUCAUAUAUUUUAAAUUCUUCACUAGCCCAGUCCUUCAAAACAAUUUUAAUGACACAGAUUUUAUUUGCACUUUUUUUUGUAAAUAUACCUGGGAUGACUAUAACUAACUUUUAAAAAUCUAUUUAGAAGUUGUUGCACUUCUUGAAUGUGAUUCUUGAGGCAAUAGUAUUCUCUUAAACUCUUACUGGGUUUUUUUAUCCUUUAAGUAACAAUAAAGAUAAGAUGUUGGUGACACUUCAAUAAAUACCUUUAUUUAACUCCCACCACCUGUUGUGCUCCUGCCUCCCUGAGUUUCCCAUUUCAUUUGUACCAGUGUGUGCUGUUACUGUAGCACCAGGGACAGCAAAAUGGUGGGAAUCAAGUAAGGUUGUAUUCAAACCUAAACUAGGAAGGAUAUAGUGCAAUGGCUCUUACUUGAUGUUACUGUGUUAAUCUGCAAUAUCUUACUUUAUAAAAAAUCCUACAAAA